GUCAGCUUUCGCACAUAGCAUGCAUCUCAAUUCCGAGGGGGUUCGUGACUGACUCGGUCUCCAAGUCAUUGCGAAUCGGACCGACCCGCAACUAUGCCCGAAACCAAAUCCGCGGGACUAAUAACGGGCCAUGGCCCAUGAGGUCAGCAUGAUCUUUAUAGGGUCUCGAUCCCACCAGAACUUUCUCUACAGGGCAAAAAAAACCCCAGAUAACUUCCAGUAUCGACUCUCACUCUAGAUGACUCUCACUCUAGAUGACUCUCUCUCUCUCUCUCUCUCUCUCAGAAACUGAAAAAUCCAUAUAUUUAUAUUUACUAAUCAGUCGUCUGCAACAGGUUUUAAGUUAUAUGGAUCUCUCCUAGAAACGAACGUUUUAGGGCAAGGUUGUUUUGAGAUAUUAGAGUUUCGCCUUAGAUUUUUCAAAACCCUGGAAAGUGAAUAUGUUUGGUGUUCUCUUCCCUAAUCGGAGUUACCCCAUGGACAUAUCCAGCUUUGCGCAGAUUGACACUUUUCACUGGAUUCUUGACAUGAACACCUUUGUAGGUGAAGCCUAUGAUCAGAUUAGAGAAAUGUGCAUCUUCCUUCUUAAUGGACUCUCUCUCCCACCAGACAAGGCUCUCGCAGUCUAUAUUCAAUCCCCUGGUUCUGCCUUUGAGUAUUGUGGGGCCAUCUAUACAGGCUGCCCCUCAGCUGUCCUCGCCCUCCAAUGGCCUGAACCUGGUGGCCAAAUGCAACUGUCUUCUGCUGAUUCUCCCCCUCUCUCUGCUAAAAUUGGGGUCUCUGUCGAGGAUUUGGCAAGCCUUCCUGCCUUGAACGUUGGUCAUCAAAGGCGCAUUGAACAAUUAGCGAUGAAAGUGGGUGAGAACCUCUUUAAUUUUAUGCAAUCAUUUUGUAGCGUGGAUGGGAAUCGUCUGGUUGUGCCUAUGGAUAUUCUGGAUCGCUGGUUUAAGAAGUUUCAGGAGAAGGCUAAGCGGGACCCUGAGUACCUGAAGAGCUUCAUGUUGUGAAAAGUGUCUCACCCCAAUCACUUUCUUGAGAGACCCUACCUACUGGAUUUGAUGUGGGUUUAUUUAUGUGAGUUUUAGGUUUUAAACCUUUCAUUUAUUGGAAUGGGUGGUUUGGAAUUUUGGUUAGGGAAGGGCCAAACCAUCCAUGAAGAGGGGGGUGAGGUUUACUGAGAAUUUGGUGGGAUUGUAUAACUCUUAUUUUUGCUAAUGGAUUUUGAUGGCUUUGCUUUGUGUAGUAAGUGGAGUUGCAGGGGAAGAUUGUAUCUGUCUCAAGAGGGAUCAAUUGGUACGAAUCCUUUCUUGUAUCAUGGAAAGAAAUUAUUUUGGUGGGUGCAAAUGAGUUUGUCUUUGAAUGCUUUGUUCUUUUCUUUCGUUGUGAAUGUGGUUGUUGUUGUUGAUCAUCCUUUUAUAACAUGUUUCCGCAUCAGCAAGAAACAAAAUGAGGAAAAUCAUGGUGUAACCUUUAAAAUCCUGAUAUUUGUUUGCACCAAGUAACAUUUGCUUAUUGUAAUUCUUUAUAGUUCACCUACAAUGAAAUGGAUUUAUUUGGGUAAUGGAGAACUUCACCAUCACACCUAUUUAUCAUUGUGAGGGUUGUGAUGAUGAUAUCUGCAUCAUUUUGUUUCAGAGAGUUGGAUGUGCGUGCAUGUUGACGAACCUGAAGAAGACAGUAAACUCCAUAAAAGAUAUUUGUAGGCUCAAAGUUACGAGGCGAUACAUUUGAUUAAUAUAAUUGAAUUGAGCAAGUAAUCCUCACAUAGCCUCGAAGGACAUUCCAAACUUUGCUUUUUUUAUUUUUUUUUGGGGGUAACGGGUGAAUACGUAAACCUGAAGGAAACCUUUUUAAUACUUAGAAUUUGCCCAACAUGACCUCUGUAUACCUUUGAAGUUAGCUCCCUUUAGUCUUAACAUUAAUGCUUCAUAGCAUUCCUACUGCCUUUGCAUAAAAAGAGUUGGCUCGCCUAGAUUUUCUUCUAUUAUUCAAUUAAAAGCUAGCUUUAUAAACGAUGCCUCUGGGGGUUGCCACUUUUUUCUUGUGGUCUACCUCUUGGCAUGCACCCUCUAAUUUGUUUUAGUGUGUCCCUUGCUAGGACCCUCCCUGUUUGCUGACCCUUUUUAUCAGCGGAUGCCUCUUUUUGUUUUUUAAUUUUAUGUUCAUGAUCAUGCUCUCGCUCUGCAACUGAAAUGUUGAAGAGAUUCUUUGUGGUGGCAAUUCUAAAAUUCAUAUUGUUGCAUGGGAUCUAUGCGUUGGCAAUGUCUGAAUUUCGUACACACAUGCUUUAGGGCCUCACAUUUUUUUUUUUGUUUUUCUCCUUCGGUACACUCCUACGAGGGUUAUUCAUCAUGUUCACAUAUUUGCAUGUGAGGAACUUGAGUGCGGCUUUACUAUUGGUGAUAUAUCCAUAAUAAUGCCACAUUUUACAUGAAAAGUAAUAGUUUUGCAUUGAAGGAUUAACCUGAAGCUGUUGGUUCCAACUGUUUUCCUACUUGUAUUUAUUUCUGAUAGCGAUUUCAACUUAAUUUUCCUCCUGACUACUCUGGCCUAGUUGUUUGGUCAUUUAUUCGAUACAUAACACCCACCACCCACACCCCAAAGAACGAAAAAAGAAAAAGUAAUAAAAAUAAAAAAUAAAAGAAAGGAAAGAAAAGAGGGAAGCUGGGUUUUUGAAGUGUGGAAAAACCUUGUGAUGGUGUUUUUUGAUGGGGGUAUGUGACUGGUAAAAUUAGGCACUUGCUACUAGGAAGGCCAUGUAAUGAAGUUCAAACCAUAAUUGCAGAUACAUGAUACUUAUGGACACUUGUUUUGGAAAAUGAUGCUAGAGAAAAAAAUUACAAUGCAUUUUGUAUUCCACCAUUCCCCUUUAGCAUGAACCAGGUUACUGUAGAAUCUCACCAUCUUGGGUAAGCACAUGUGGUGGCAAGGCUUCUUGCGUAAAUCACAUUAAGGGGCUUGAUGGAUUGAAUUUCAUAUUUUUGAAUUUGAAGUAGGGGUGUGAUUGAAAUUGCAUUAUUUGUUAAGUUGGACGUGUUGGAAUUUUUGUAGUUGUUAUUUACUCUUGGGUACUUUGUUGUUUACUUUGGGCUCAUGUUUCUAAUGUGGUGCCAAAAGUCAAAUGAGUUAUGAUUCUCAAGGUCAAGGUUGAUGGGUCGCGACGCAUGGGAACUUGGACGCAUUGGAGAUUUGCAUGCGUGAGGAUUUGCAUACAUGGGAAAUUGGUAUGCUAGGAUACUUCGAGAAUUUUCCUCAUCUCGAUGGAGCUGUAUGUGCAUAAUUUGCACAAAGUUUGGAGGAAGAAAUUGCUCCCGCAACAUCUUCUCAUCUUUGCCCUUCCAUAAAUUCAGCUCUUGAGUUUGAUCGCACUAAACGGAUGCAAGUCCCUGAAGCUUGAUCAGAACUACCUUUAUUUUCUUUGAAUCUGAGGACUCCUUCCAUUCAAAGGAGUGGGUAGGUCCAUUUUAUAUUUGGGUUUUCAUGUUGGCAUCGUUGUGCUUACUUCAACUAGAUUGCCCGCUAAGGUCAUCAUCGGUUUCAUGCCUAUGUUGAUGCAACCGUGCAUCAAUCUUGACACUACAAACAGAUCAUGAAACCAAUCCAUUUGUCGUCGACUAGGCUUUGGCUCAUGUUGCUUACCAAGAAAUCCAAAUGAAUUGGUCCCAUCAACCAAGCCUUGGAUCAUGCAUCGGCUUAGAUGCUGAUUGCAUUAAGUCAUUCAUGGUUUCCACCCACCUAUUCAAGUCAUGAAUGCCAAACCUUUGGCCAUGACUUCUACCUCAUCCAGCCAUCACGAUCGUUGACUCUCACAACAUAGGCUCUUAUGCCAAAUGAUGCAAAUCCAACACUCAGAAAUGAGAUCAAAGACAGAUUUCUGAGAUCAAAGACAGAUUUCAUAAACGAAAGCUUCAAAAGAUUGGUGGUCAUGCUAGGCAACGAUUGAGGAGGAAACUCCCUCAACCGGUGUCUAGGAAGGAAAGGAACCAAGGGACUUUUAACCCUCUACAUCUCUCCGCUACAACCAGCAGGGGCCUCCCAGCUCACCAGUUGGACAAUCUCUUUCUCUAUUUACACUAUUUCAUUUCAUUCAUCCAACAGAAAAACCCUCUUAGUGUAGCGGUUCAUUCCUAUGCUGAUAUGUGAUCUAGAUUAGCGUGGGCAAGGUCCCAAUGGCCAAAGGGCUCGGUUGAUGGAACCAGCUCGUGUGAGUUUCUUUAAUGAGCAAUAUAAGUUGAACCUUGAGUUGACAACGAACUAUGGUAAUGGCAGCCCAAUGGGUUCUUGUCUUCUUCAACCCAGGGAGGGCCGAUGCAAAUCAAUCACAUCUUGGAAAGAGGGGUCUGAAUACCAAUAUUAUGGAAGUAUGGUGAGAAAAGGGGUGCUACAACACUUUGGACUAUUUUGGGAUUUCUACAAACACUUGUGGUUUUAAAAGUUGAGGUCAAAUCUAUGGUUGGAAUGGAACAGUGCAUCUCUUUAAAUGUGAAAAGAUUUCUCAUUCCAAGACAGCUUGUGUUUGUCCCUUGUUUAGUUGAUUUUUCCUUCGUGGUGAAUAUGCCGAGGUCAUCGAAAGUUAAAAGGAAAUUUAACCAGAGGCUCCCCUAAUAUACUUUGCCAUUUCUCAAUUUGUUUUUGGUGGUUCAUAUUUUCAUGAUGAUAUGUCAAUAAUCUCAUAUAUUAAUCUUUUUCGCCUGUGCUUUCAUAGUGACCUGACCGUACCUAUUUCACUGAUGGUGUUGCUGUUUAGGGUGUUCAUAUUUGAAGCUUGUUGUUGAAUCCCUUUUCUUACGUUGUAUACUUGUUUAAAAUACCGCUCUGUUUGUUGCUUCUCUGUUUUUAGAUAAUAUUGUUUCAAUUGGUAAACUUGUUGAAUUAGUAAUGUAUUUUGGGCAAAGUGUAGAAUAGACCUGUAUUGUGGCAUAAAAUGUACAAAGGCACAUCCAUCAUCUAUGGUUCACCUUUUUUCAUAGCUAAUUAAUGGUGGAGGUGCACUGUUUGUCUGCUUGAUAGUUCAUCAUUGUGUAUCGGUGGAGCAAAGGUGCAUGUUUGCCAUCCCUUGGGGGGGGGGGUACUGUAGAUGGCCCUUUGUAUAUGGUAUAUCAAUACAGGUUAUGUACAUUAAUAUACUUGUACUAGAAUGUUUGUCGUCAAUGCCAGGUGCGUUGUGCAGAUGCAUUGUGUGGAUUGAACGACUCAGGAGACAUCCGAGUUGCUUCGCUCUUUGUCCUAGAAAAACUGUAUACUUGAUUUCACUUUUUCUUACCUACCUUGGAUUUCAUACUGAAUAUAUAAGGCAUGUUAUGGAAGGAGGGAAUUCUCUCUUAAUGUAUUAUUAAUUAUUAUUAUUUUUUCCA